GGGACACGACCGCGUUCGCAGCCCGGAUGUCAUCGCACAGCCUUGUGGGGGUUGUAGUUCAGAACGCGGAGGGAGCGCCGCACCACAGGAGGGAAAACCCUCGAUGGAACCCAACAUGGAGAGGAAAAGAUGGAGAACAAACGUUUGUCACAAUGGUUUUGGGCAGCCCCCAAGUAAAAUGCCUCGGGAAUCUCCGAGAGGGAGCUUGGCUCAGCUCCGGGGUGGAUACCCCAGGGACGGUGCACUGGAUUGUCGCUCGUUCUUCGAUGACCUGGCAGACAGUGAGCGGCAGAGGACUGUGGUUUCGUUCCUCCUGAGACAUGGUGAGACAUUGGCCGAGGUACUGGACAGGAUGGAGCUGGGGGGCGAGGAGGUCCAGUUAGUGGUCAGGGCCCUGAGGUCAGCCGCAGAGAUGGCUAGCAGCCGAGAGGAGACCAGGUCCAUCCUGCAGCCUGUGGUCCGCUCUCCUUUCCUGCUGAAGGGCUUGCUGCAGUCCAUUGCCCGGCUGGAUCACUGCGGAGGGGAAGAGGUGGACGACCUGCUAGACUUUCUCCGACACUUGACCUUGGCUUUCCCCGAGAGUAUCCAAGACCGGAUCUCGAUCCCGGCAGACCUGCUGCAUUCCCGGCUCCAGCGCCUCCAGUGCCUGGGCUCCGAGCCCUCCUGGCCCAGGAAGAAGCAGCUGCAUGACCUGAAGCACUCAGUCAAUGAGGCUUUCCCGGGAGCGGACACCGGGUGGCAAGGUGUCUUCAUCCAGGAGGAAGAGGCCGGAAAUUUCCGUCACCUGUCCGUCUUCCCCAGCUCUCGGGAUAUGGCAGGAGCCGGGGAGCCCGGUCCGCUGCCUCCCAACAAAGUGGAGGGAGCCUACCCGAGCACACGCUCCUACCUGGACACUCAUUUCCGCCUGCUGCGCGAAGACUUUGUCAAGCCGCUGAGGGAGGACCUGGCUACCUACCUGGCCCCGAGAAGCCGUUUCCUGCAGUCCUCCCCCGGCCUCAGGGUCUACAGCAACGUCCAGGUCCUGCACCCAGUCUGCCAGUGGGAAGGUGUCACGUACAAGACCCGCUUCGACCAGCCCCGCCGUGCAGGCUGGUUGACUCCCAAAAGAUUGCAGAAGGGCUCCCUCGUCUGCCUGCUGGCCACUGAUUGCCGGGAGAUCUUCUUCGCCUCAGUCGCCAAGUCCGAUGCCAAGUGGCUGAGCCAAGGGCUGCUCCUCCUCAAGUUCUCCAUUAGCCACGCCAAGUUGUCCAAGCUCAUAUACGGGCACCGCUUCACCAUGGUGGAGUCGCGGGCAUUCUUCGAAGCCUACCGCCACGUGCUGCUCACGCUCCAGGCGAUUGAUGAUGACCAGCUCCCUUUCCAGAGGUACAUUGUGAAAUGUAAACCCUCAGUCCGUCCACCUGCCUACCUCCGGCAACACAGUGUCACCCUCGAUCUGCUGCCCCUGCUCAGAAACGUCAAAGCUGGAGUCGAUGCUGAGCCCUCUCCAUUGAUGGCGCCAGGAUUGGAACUGGGUCUUACCACAGAGGAAUGUCCCAGUCUGAGAGUGGAACAGGAGCAGGAGACUGAGGAUUCCUUUGAUCUGUCCGAGGAGAGCAGUAGCCCAGCCAAUACCACCAUGGAGGAAGCAGCACAGGAGGUGAGCCCACUGGAGGAGAGCACUCAUCUUGUAGUCAAGGGUGACAAGAAGAUGGAGGAGGAGCAUCAUCCAGCGGCAGAGAGAAAUUCUGGUCCUGCUGAACAGUUUAUCAGCGUUAAGUACCGAGAGCUCCAGACAGCAGAGGAGAGACCUGGCCCAACACCUGGGAAUGUUACCUUCACAGAGAGGGGCAGCUCAGCUGUGGAGAGCAUGGAUGUGGUGCAGCACAGGGGCACCUCAACGGGGCAAGGUGGAAGCCCAACUGAGUAUGGCAAUACCCUGACUGGGCAUGGCAAUACCCCAAUGGGGCAAGGAGACAACUUCGCAAAGAACAACAUCUAUGAAGUCAAUCCAUUUCAACAAGAUUUCCAGUCUUUGCGAUGGCUGAAGCAUUUUGACAGAUCUCAGCUGAAGGCUCUUCAAAAGGCCCUGAAACGGGAAUUUGCACUGAUCCAGGGUCCUCCUGGGACAGGAAAGACCUUCCUCGGGUUAAAGUUGGUGGAGUUGCUGCUGCAUAACCAGAAGCUCUGGCAGACGACCUUGGGGAGCCCAAGCCCCAUUCUGAUCGUCUGCAACACCAAGCACAUCCUGGAGCAGUUCUUGGAAGGGAUACUGGAGUUUAAAUCCACAGGGAUUGUGCGCAUCGGAGGACUUUGCAAAAACAAGAAGCUUCAAAUGUUCUCCCUGGAGGCCAUUCGCAAGACCACAUUACAGAAGGUCCUGACUCCAACACAAAGGCGCAGGUUCAAAGAGCUUAAAGAGAAAAUUGAAUCCAUCAAGGAAGAUAUCUUCCACUACUCCAAGAUUCUGGAAUUGCUGCCAGUGGGAAUCCUGCACGAGAAGGAGCUGGAACCAGAAAUAAGGAAAGACCUGGAAGAAGUUGGAUUGACAUUGGCCCCACUGGAGGAGUUGGUCAUCUUGAAGUGGCUGAAUAUUCCCUCUCGCGUCUGGUCACAGAAUAGAGCUGAAAGGAGGAUGUAUCACAGGAGGCAAGAGACAGAACCCACCAGAUAUUUCUGCCCCUCUCCGAGAGCGACAUCACCUUCAAAUGAGUUGAACUCCAGAAACAGAUUCUAUGACGAUGAUGAGGAGAUGGAAUGGGAUGUGGAUGGCAGCAACCCCCGUGACCCUCCGUGUAGCACUGAGCAGUGGGCGGGAGAGGAGUUUGCAUACACCCCGGACUUUGACGUGAGUGAUGCAGAUGCAAGGGCAAUUCAGAAAAAUUUGGGAAAUCAAAACAUCAUGGAGGAGGAGGAAGUUCGGAACAUCCAGAAUGCCUGGGAGCUAGACCUUAACGAUCGGUGGCGUUUAUACAGGAAAUGGAGAAUGGCCUACGAGGAGAAGCUCCAAGCCUCCAUCAAUAAACAUGUGAAAUUGUAUGAAGAGAAGACACAGGAACUGUCUGAGCUGAUUGCUGAGGAGGAUGCGAUGCUCCUGAAAACAGCUGAUGUGAUUGCCAUGACGACCACAGGAGCUGCCAAAUACCGGGCCCUGCUGCAGAAGGUUGAGCCCCGGAUUGUCCUGGUUGAAGACGCGGCUGAGGUGUUGGAGGCUCACGUAGUUGCUGCUCUGACUCCAUCUUGUCAACACCUCAUCAUGAUUGGUGAUUACAAGCAGACAACAAGAGGCCGAGCGGGGAGGAGGGGAGUUGUCAUAGCAACGGGCCUUAGUAACCGGGGCUGCAGCGGCCGUCGGCUCCGCUACACCAAAUACAAGGAGCGGGCCCGCAACCCCGACCCAUCCCCUGUCCCCGGUUCCGAUCAGAGAUUCCUGGGAUACUCCCCUCUUUCCCCUCCCCAUCCCCCUCCUUGGUUCUUGAGAAAGGUCGGAGCCGGCGGGUUAGCAGCGCCUGCGCGGGCGGAGCUUUCCGCUUUCCCCUCUCACACCCCCGGAACCUUUGUCGGGAGGCGGCGGGUUGCACCCGGACGUUGCUAG